AUGGGGCGGCCGCCGUGCUGCGAUAAGGAGGGCGUGAAGAAGGGGCCGUGGACGCCCGAGGAGGACCUCGUCCUCGUCUCCUACGUCCAGGAGCACGGCCCCGGCAACUGGCGCGCAGUCCCCGCCAACACAGGGCUGCUGCGGUGCAGCAAGAGCUGCCGCCUCCGGUGGACCAACUACCUCCGCCCGGGCAUCCGCCGGGGCGGCUUCUCCGACCAGGAGGACAGGCUCAUCGUCCACCUCCAGGCGCUCCUCGGCAACCGCUGGGCCGCCAUCGCCUCCUACCUGCCCGACCGCACCGACAACGACAUCAAGAACUACUGGAACACGCACCUCAAGAAGAAGCUCCUCCUCCAGCAGCAGCAGCAGCGCGCCUCCACCGCCGCCGCCUCGUCGCUGCCACCGCCCAAGGGGCAGUGGGAGCUCAAGCUGCAGACCGACAUCGACCUCGCCAGGCGCGCCCUCCGCGACGCCCUCUCCGUCGACGCCGCCGCUGCCGCCGCCGGCCUGCCGGGGAUGGCCGCCGCUGGCUCGGCGCCGUCGGCGGCGUCCGCCGGGCCAGCAGGGGCUCAGGCGUGCGCGCUCACCGCGGGCAGCGUCGACAGGAUGAUGCUGGACGGGUGGGCGGCGGCUCCAGCGGCAGGGAGAGGGAGGAGCUGCGUCGUCAUCGGUGGCACCGUCAUCCCGGCCCCGGCAACGCCCGGCGCGGCCGACAGCGUGUCGGGGUCGUCGUCCGAGCUAACGACGGAGUGUUCUGGCUCCAUCUCCAGCGCCUCCAAUAAACGGGCCGCGCCGGUGGCUGCCGGGCACCAGCUGCUGCUCGUGCGCGAGGAGAAUACGACAUCGGCCGAGCAAGGGGAGGUGCCACUGUCGGCGAUCGAGUCGUGGCUGCUGGAGGACGCCGGCGGCGAGCAGAAGCUGGCGCACGAAGGCCUCCUGCUCGACGCCGUCCUGCAUAAUUUCGGUUUCUAA